GUCAAGCUGCUGCGCAGAAGGGCAAAACAGACCAGGGACGGGCAGCAAGCGAGGAUGGUCUGGAAACAGAUGUGGACUGGCAGGCGCUCAGAGCAGUGAAGGGGGCAAAGAGAACGCAGGUGUGGGAAGAGGAGUUGACCACCGCCGAAGGAUGGCAGACAGACAUGCGCACACACUUCGCAGGGAUCUUUGCCAAGAUGCCGGCGGAACAGGUGAAACAGGGAGUGGAGGUGAUCUGGGACCAGCUGCAGCGCGCAUGUAAGAGGGUGAGGUGGCGGCCCUUUAGCAAAGAGGAGCUGAUACUGAGCACACAAACCUGGGCCAAAGGAAAAAGCACGGGACCGGAUGGCAUCAGCUAUGAGGCCCUGCGGCUUCUAUUGCAGCACCACUGCUGGGAGGCUACCCUGCUGGAAGAGUUUAACGAUGCGCUGUAUAAAGGAAGAUCGCCCCCCAACACGAAGAAGUCCAUCACCGUCCUCCUCCCCAGAGCCAGGCGUACCAUCCGCAUUUGCCGCGAGUGGGACAUACCCAUCCAUGUCGCUAAAGUGGACACAAGUAGUGACAAACUGGGGGAUGCAGGCUGGGCCUGGGAAGCGCGCCUCUGGGUUGACUUGGUGAGCAACGCCACAGCUUACCACAAACCAACGGCGUACGGCAAGGGUCUCCGGACUCUCCGGUCAUAUUCGCCUCUGUGGUUGGAGACGUCAUGA